AUGCUCUGGAACUGGACCACCAUCGAUGCCUGCUUCCUCUCCUCAACCUGGCACAUCACCACCGCCGGCCAAUUCGCCGUCUCCUGCAUCGGCGUGGCCUUCCUGGUCGUCGUCCUCGACGUCCUGCGCCUGCUGAGCAAACAAUACGAGGAGCACCUCCAGCGCCAGUUCCAGCGACACGUCGCGGCGCAGUCCCCCGCCGAGCGCACGCAGUUCUUCUGCGGCGAUACGCUGGCCGACGGCCCGGUGGUGGUCACCUUCCGGGCUAGUCCGGUGCAGCAGCUCAUCCGCGCGCUGCUGCAGACGCUGCAAUUCGGGCUGGCGUAUCUCAUCAUGCUGAACGCCAUGUCGUAUAACGGGUACAUGAUCAUUUCCAUCUUUCUGGGGGCGUUCGUGGGCAAGGUGCUCUGUGAUCGCGGCGAGUAUCGCGUGGUGCUGCCGGCGAGGGGGAAGGUGGCCGCGGAGGCUGCGCCGGUGGUGCCGGACAAGCCAGAGGAGUGGACGACGGGGUGCUGUGGUUAG